AUGAUUGUCGUAUGGCGCUUUCUCGUUGCCAACAGCAUCGACGACGACGACGCCCACAGUGCAGGCAUCAAGAAAGCACGGGCGGCUGCGAUGCCAGUGCAAGCACCGAAGCUCCCACUCGGGCUCGUUGGGACUUCUGGUGUCGGCAAGUCGGAGCUCAUUAUCCUCUUUGGCGUCUACAUGGCAGUCCAGCGCCAGCACAACGUCCUUAUCUCGCGCAAGUCGAGUGGUCGCGGUGGGCGUCCGGACACUGUCAUCGUUUUGUGCGGCUGCCAAGUGAUCAAGUUCCCCGACUUUGCGCGCGAAAACCUCGCGGCGCUCGUCGACGAGUUCAAGCGCAAAAGUUUGGCCGAGAACAAGAGCUUUCUCAUCAUUGGCGACGGGUACCGCCAAGAAGAGAGCAACAUGCACCUUCCGCUGUUUAGCUUCAUUGCCGCUGCUCACAUCAUCUCGACGUCCGGGCAGUUCCAGACGAUGCCAGGCGGUGCGCGCGUACCCGUGCUCGUACCAGCGUGGUCGAAAGAGAGUCUCGAGCUCGUGGCCGAAAGAGCGCUCGAAGCCACGUUCAAGGACCGCUACGCUUACUCUGGCGGCAGCAUUCGCGAGUUUCUCCGUGAGCCAGUCCGUGAGCCCAGCGCCGCUCAAGCUGAAAUCGGCUUUCACCUGACGGAGGCUGCCAUCAAGGCCCUUCAGCACAACACGGAGGGCCCCACGAACUCCAAGAUCGACACCUUCCGCCAGAUGUACGUCGGUGCGAUCGACAACUACGACCACUACGUCAACGGCGCCCAUUGGCGGCGAGAAAUCAAGACCAAGUACGUCGGGUGGCUCUUGACCACGAUGGCGUCGCUCAAGUUUUCCGUGUCCAUCCUCAUGUGGGCAGAGGCGUGGGGCGGCGCUCUCUACGGGUGGGUCUUCGAGAGCUUCGUGCACAAGCUCGCGUCGGAAGGCCAGCUCAAGCUCCGCGUUUUGGACUAUAGCUCGUUUAUGUGGUUCAAUUUGUCGGCCACGCUGACCAUCGACGACUCGUUCACGGUCGUCAAGGGUCCGACGAGCCAGGAAGGUUGUCUCAAGCACAUCGCCACUGGCUUGUGCGCGUACACAUAA